CCACACUUCGGUAGAUUAUGGGAAGCGGCUGUUAAGUCUGUGAAGCAUCACCUGAGACGUGUACUUUCACUUACUCAUUUAACAUAUGAAGAGAUGUGUACAUGUCUUAUUCAAAUAGAAGGUAUCCUAAAUUCUAGACUAUUAACAACUCUUUCCUCUGAUCCAUCCAAUUUUACAUGUUUGACUCCUGCUCACUUCCUCAUAGGACGAACACUAUUAUCUGUCACUCGACUUGACGUCGCAGAUGCGAACAUCAAUCAUCUGCAACGCUAUGAGAGGAUCGAGAAACUCAAGCAACAUUUUUGGAUACGGUUCUCAUCCGAGUAUAUUUCUCUCCUCCAGCAGAAGUCCAAGUGGAGAACUUCGAGCGACAGCUUGCAGCUCGGUGCUUUGGUGCUGGUUCGCAACAGGAGCUAGCCCCCUCUUUUAUGGCAGUUGGGUCGCGUUACCAAGCUGCAUACAGGCCCAGACAACAUUUGCCGGGUUGCUGAAGUCAAGACGAAGAAGGGUGUCAUCCAGCGGGCCUACAACAACAUUUGUCCACUUCCCACCAUUUCAAGUUGAAGUCGGCCACCUUCAACUUGGCCCGAGCAUUAUGUUGCGGCUGCACCGCAACGGGACGCGCGGCUCGCAUUCUCCUAGCUGCGCUGGCGCAUGCGCCUUAUGCGCGAGCG